UGUCUGCGUCCGUCGCGUCCAGCAUGUCCUCCUACUCCGUCAAGGUCACGAAGACUCCCGCAAUAAAAAAUGCUCCCUUGAUUGGCCUGGCUGAAGGGAAUGGCUCCUUCAGUAACUACCACCUUGCCGGCCUCGUCAUCGUCGUGCCAUGGCUCGUCAAGCGCAUCCUGCCCCUCUUCAACCGCGGUGGAUUCAAGACAUACCUGUUCCUAGUCGUCAUCCUCGGUCUCCCCAUUACCAUGGCCUACUGGACGCUCAUGAGCACAUAUGGUCCGCGCAAGAACACAAAGGUCCAGCUCCCCGGCAGGAACAUUGAGGAAUAUUUCACGAUCAAGGACGAAGCCCUCAAGGCCAAAUAUCACGGCAAGGAGAAAAUCCCCAUGCAAGAAUUCCAUGACGCGUAUUUCGACGACAAGAUUGACUUCAAUGGCGACGUACUUGACAUCAUGGAGCAGCGUCAUGACUGGGCAAAGAUGACUUUCACGUGGACUCUCUUCAAAUACGUCUUCACCGUACUUGUUCCCGACGUGAUUAUGCACGCGAAGAGUCAGGACGAAGAGCAAGUCCGUGGACAUUACGACCGAGGUGAUGACUUCUAUGAAUGGUUCCUUGGACCACGUAUGGUGUAUACCUCCGGCGUCGUCCUCUCUUUAACGGAGGAGGAAUCGCUCGAAGAGUUGCAGGACAACAAGUUGACCAUCGUUUGUGAAAAGCUUGAUCUCCAACCAGAUGAUCGUCUCCUGGAUGUCGGCUGCGGAUGGGGUACACUCUGUGCUUUCGCAGCAAAGAACUACGGGUGUGAGGUGACUGGUGUUACUCUCGGACGCAACCAGACCAAAUUCGGCAACGCUCGUAUCCAGGAGAACGGUGGUGACCCGUCGCGUCACCGCAUUCUCUGCAUGGACUACCGUGACAUCCCCGGUGGGCGCAGCGCAUACACCAAGAUUGUCAGUCUCGAGAUGGCCGAGCACGUCGGAAUCCGCCGCUACCAAACCUUCCUGCGCCAGAUGUACGAUCUCCUAGACGACGACGGUAUCUUCGUCUUCCAGGUGGCUGGUAUCCGUCCUUCAUGGCAGUAUGAGGACCUUAUUUGGGGUCUCUUCAUGAACAAGUACAUUUUCCCUGGCGCCGACGCGUCGUGCUCGCUCGGCUGGGUCAUAAACCAGGUCGAGGCUGCCGGCUUCGAGGUGAAGAACAUUGACGUGCUUGGCGUGCACUACAGCGCGACGAUCUGGCGGUGGUACCGUAACUGGGUCUCAAACAAGGACAAGGUCAUCGAGUCGUAUGGCGAACGGUGGUACAGGAUCUGGGUCUUCUUCCUUGCGUAUUCGACUAUUACCAGCCGUAACGGCGGCGCGUCCGUGUUCCAGUUGACGCUGCACAAGAACUUGAACGCAUACCCACGUAUCCUGGGUGUCCCAAGCCACUCUUCGAUUCACGUCCACCCUAGCAGGGAGAUCUCACCUGCCAUUUGAGGUAACGACCGCUAUCAUGGUCGCUGCCAAAAUUAUCUUAGGGAUUGCUGCUGAUGUCAACUACUGCUUUAUCU